AUGCCUCGAAACUUCCAAUUCGUCACCGUCUCUAACCCUGCUGGACCUGUCCCCCGCCAUGUCCGGAGCUUGACUCACUCCCAUGCGAUUCGACAGAAACAUGCCAAGGAAAGAAGACUAAGAAUGCAAAGAUACCAAGACGACAUGUACAGGAACAUAGAAGACGCUUCUUUGAACCGGAUGCUCGACUAUAGCCGUGAUCCAUUUGCCGCCCUUCCGAAACAGCUAUCGCCUCACGAGAACUUUCUUUUCUCCCACUAUGUUUAUGUCGUCGUCCCGCUGAAUGUCAAGACAUGCCGUCUCUUUAACCGUAUGAACGACCAUGAAGGGCAUGUCAUGCGUGAUUGGGUCGGCCUUGCCGUCACCGACAGCGAUCUUCUCUGCUCGGUCAUUCUCCUCGGCGCAUGCCGCCACAUCCUUACCAGCAAUCCCAACUCUGGUUUGAUGCAGGUCGCAUUACAGUACAAGUACAACGGACUCAAAGCACUGCGUCGUGCCGUUAGCGGCACCGCACCGGCUGUCAGUGCGGUGACUAUUGCGAAAGCUUGUGCCAUGGCUCUAGAUGAGGUAAGCUUUCUGCUAUGUGAACAAGCAUUCAGCAUCACUGCUAUUCUUUUGGCUUCGGUGAGCAGGUUUCACUCGUUAUCAAGCAUCUGUUGGUUUCUUAUCAACAUGUCUUCACCUGCAGUUGCCAUUCCCACCGGCUCAUGGGUCCUAGUUACGGGUGCCACGGGCUUCGUCGCCGGCCACGUUACCCGUCAGCUUCUGCAGCGCGGUUACAGGGUCAGAGGCACAGUCCGUGACCAAACCAAAGCUCAAUGGCUCAUCGACGACCAUUUCAAGUCUUAUGCCGACAGCGGUGCUUUCGAGCUUGUUACUGUCCCAGAUCUAUCUGUUCCCGGCGCUUUUGACGAGGCAGUGAAAGGUGUCUCGGCCGUCGCUCACAUCGCCAGUGUCCUUGACUUUGAUCCCAACCCCAACAAUAUCAUUCCCCAGACUGUCGGGGGAGUAACGUCUAUCCUCGACAGUGCAUCCAAAGAGUCCUCUGUCACCCGCUUUGUCUUCACCAGCUCCAUCGUCGCAGCAGUCUUCCCUACAGCCGACCAAGAAGGUGUCAUCGACCGCAAUUCGUGGAACGAAUUCGCCGUCAAAGAAGCCUGGGCUCCACCACCUUACGAACCCUCGCGUGCAAUGCUCGUCUAUGCCGCUAGCAAAGUUCUGGCUGAGCAAGCAUUGUGGAAGUACGUCGAGGAGAAGAAACCUCACUUUGUGGCCAAUGUCGUCAGCCCUGCAGGUAUCUUGGGCGAGCCACUUAGCGAGAGACAUGCCACUGCGUACGGAAAUUGGAUCUAUUCGCUCUUCACUGAGAAGAGGGAGAUGAUCGACACGUUCCAGGCUUCAUUCUUUGUCGAUGUCCAGGACGUUGCCCUCAUCCACGUCGCUGCCAUUCUCGAUCCCGAUGUCAAGGAUGCACGCCUCCAGACUUGGGGUCAUAAAGGACAUUGGAAUGAGUUCCUCCAUAUUCUGCGGGAGCUUCGACCUCAGAGGAAAUUCAUUCCUGAUUACCCUAAGACGUUUGACCUCAAUAUCUCAACUGACCAGUCUGAGUCUGUGGCUCUGUUGAAGAAGUGGGCUGGUCAGGAGGACUGGAAGCCUCUCAGGCAGAUUAUUAUCGAGGCCAUCAACAGCCCCUACUGGAAGACUGAGUAG